GAAAUAGCUGAAAAUGACUGCCGACCAACACUACCCAUCCGACCUGACUGAGCCCGAGAGGAUAUAUGCAUUAGAAACAGGGUGGAAAUACCCCCAAAACAGUGAUACCGUGCUGACGUGCUUAUUAUGUUAAAAUGCAUUUUUUUAUAAAUAUGCAAAAUGUCUGAAAAAACUGCUGUCUCUGUGUUCCAAUGAACUAUAAUGAGUAGGUUGAAAAGGGGAACUAAACUCAUAUUGGUUUUAAAAUGAAGCUGCAAUCAAAUGUGGAACAGGCAAGCUGGUGUGAAUAUUUUCUGGUGGCUCUGUAACAGAUGAAAAUAACAGUCUUACAUGUUAUGAAUAAUUAUAAAUAACAUUUCAAACAUUUUGGAUUGAUUAGUGACAUGAUUUUAUUUAUUUUUUAAUAUUUUAUUGCUGUCAACAAAAUAAACUAUAUAUAAAAAAUAAAUAAAUAAAUAAAAAGCCUUCCGUUAUGUGAAUAGACGGUAUGUGAAUGAUUUUGUUUUUCUUCUUUCAGGUUUUUUUUUUGUGUUGAACUGUGAGAAAAAAAAAUAAAUGUCUGUAGUAAAGACGCAUUUAGCUUUGAUUCGGUUAUUUUGGUUGUUUUUGGGUGAGGCUGUUUUAGCUCCAAAACUGUUUAUUCUGCACAUGAAAUGAGUCACUUACAGUCAGAGCUGUUGAGGACAGACCUGCCCUUCUCACUCUGACUGAACCAGAAGGCUGAUAUGGUGUGUAUAGCAGGUCUGCUGCCAUACACACGCCUUCCUUUGAAAUCAUUCUGCGUUACAACAAAUUAUUAUUAUUAUUAUUGUUCUUUGUGUUGUCUUUUGUCUUACCCAGAGAGAUAAACACGAACUAUGCCUGAAAAACUUUCCCCCAGAUAAAGCAGAACUAUGACAAUCAACAGGAAACCAGUCGCAUCAGAGCACACGUUGCAUGAACUCGUGAGCGAGCCCAAGCUAUCACAUUCUGCCUUCACUUUAAAGCAGACUUUCUCGCCUCACACUUAUAUUUGUUUGUACAUUGUGUCUGGGUGUGUACUUAAAAGCUUAGAAGGUAAAUAACCUCACUGCUGUAAUCUACAUUAUUUGCAUGCGCUUACUAUGGUUGAACCGGUGUGAGCUCACAGUCCUUUUAUUUUAGUUAAGCACCUGCUCAUAACAGAAAGUGAUAUCGUCACACAUGGCAUGUUGGGAUUUCCCUAACAAUACAUAUUUGUGUUUUUUUGUUUUUUGUUUUUUAGUUUCCAUUGUGGUUCUUCAUCAUAAGCUCUUUAUUAGUAUCCACCUGUGUUGUACUUUUUGUAUGAUGUGCUCUGAAAAUUUACAAGUUAGUUCGGAGUGGAAAACAUUAACAUGAUGGGAGAGAAAAAAUGCAAGAUGAAUGAAGGAAUCUGAGUGCUCUACGUAUCGAGAUCUGUUGUCCGUUGAGCUUCGAUUUCAGGCGUGAAUCAAACAUGUGGCCGUUACUACAGUUGGUAGGAUGACGGUUGUCACAUGGUGCAUUUCCUCUCAGUGGCACUCUAUCAAGUUUAGACCCCAUUUCCUCACCAGCCUUCCUCAGUCAAAAGUAUCUGUCCCUCCAUCUACAACUGCCACACACGUGCCCACCUGCCUGGUUUGCCUCGCUGCUCACAAAGGUAAUUGGUGACCAUUCCAUCUCAUCAUGACGGGGAAUUCCAGCAAGGUGCACCUCGACAACGCCACCCUGUCACUGUUUCGGGAUGUGAACACCAGCACUGUCAUAUCUGUUAUAUACAUGCUUGUCACUAUCAUCAACUGGGUGGGAAAUGGCCUGUCAAUGUGGCUGCUGCUGUUUCGUACCUCCCCAAAAACGCCCUCCAUCAUAUUCAUGAUUAAUCUAACGCUCACCGACUUGGCUCUUGGCUCCGCCCUCCCCUUUCAGAUCGACUACCAGCUCCAAGGAUACAACUGGAGAUUGGGGUCCAAUAUGUGCAGCUUCAUGACCCUCGUUUUCUACGGCAACAUGUAUUGUUCUAUCCUGACGAUGAUGGCCAUCGGCAUCGACCGCUACCUGGGCAUCGUGAAGCCCAUGAGGUUCCGGAAAAACAAGAAGAGAAAGUCUGUUGCUGUCAUCUGCUGUCUUCUGAUGUGGGGUUUGGUCCUGGGUGUCUUGUACCCUCUCAUGACCACCGACCUGACCUACAAGGUCCCGGAGCUCCAGAUCACCACAUGCUUUGACGUGUUGAAACAAAGCAUGCUGCCGUCCGUGGGGGCCUGGGCGGCUUUCCUGUUCAGCAUGGUGUUUCUUCUCUUCCUUUUUCCUUUCUGUGUUACAAUGUUCUGCUAUGUUAGUGUCAUACACAAGUUGUCCAGUGAUUCCAAGACUGUCCAGAAAGGGAGAGCCAUACGUCUGGCUGUUGUCGUUCUGCUGGUCUUCGUGUUCUGCUUUGCUCCCAACAACAUCCUCCUAUUGGCUCACAGUGUCCUUAGACUCUUCUACGGCAAGUCUUUGUACAUGGCCUACAAGCUUUCUCUCUGUUUUAGCUGUCUGAAUAGCUGUUUGGAUCCUUUCAUAUAUUACUUUGCGUCAAAAGAUUUCAGGCAGAAGCUGAGAGAGAUCAUGAAUCUCCAGAGUCUGAGUAGUGCAGACUCUAUAAGGAUGGAGAACAAAGAGACUUUGUAUUCUGGAUAAGCAGAUUUAUACGGUGAAGAAACAUAUUCAGGUGCCUUUGCGAUGCCGUAACUACCCUAACAAUGCAAAAAAUAAAGAAAGAGUUGCAAAAGAAAGCAAGUGACUAAAGGAAAGGGAGGGUUUUGGGAUCUUGCAACAUAUGUUCUUGGUUCAUAUUGCAAAAUCUUAAUACAUCUAUCUCUUUCUUUAACAAUAGCUUUAAAAGGUUUAAGCUGUUGGACAGUGACUAAAAUGUUACUGCUCCAAUCAUAGUUUGUGUGUUUUCUCCAUUUUAUAUGCAAUCGAGUGGUUGGGAAAUCGUGGAGUGCCACAAGCAUUUAUGUUGGGCCCGCAGUCACUUAGCUUGUUCACCAAUCGUCAGAUCUUCCGUAGGUGUUAGAAAUUGUAACCCGAUAUCUGCAGACGUUGCAGCCAUACACAGAGAAUAACAAUGAUGAAUGAGUGACUGUUAGGAUUGUUGCACAAAAAGGGCAGUUUCUCAGCUUACAGUGACAGAAUGUAUUUGACAAAAAUCCUAUGAAAGACCUAUCCAAAUAUUGGUAUAAUAUUUAUAUAAAUUGGGCUGAACAAGUAUGGAUGUCAAAAAGUGUUUUACGAAGUUGUAUGAUAGUACAAUGAAAUAUAAUGUAACAAGCACAAAGGUCAGAAAUGAGUCAUCUGUGUCCAUUGAUCCUCGCCCUGCUUACUGUAACCAAGCAACUUCAAACCCCGUAACAUCACUGUGUGAUCAAACCUUCAUAAAACACAUUCUUUUCACUGUUUUAUGAUUGUACUUUAUUAUAAGCAAACUCUGCACUCAGACGGUUGCCUUGUUUUUAAAUUUGUUCAAAAAUACAAUGGAGUCAACAUUGGAGGUUUUUGAACAACGUUCAGACAGUGGGAGCCUCAACGUUUGCUGAGAGUGUAGGAUCUUGUUAAUGAAUACAUACUAACUAAAAUAAGAUUUUGAACAUUUUACGUUACAUGAACCGAUAGGAUUUGCUGCUGUUUAAAUGAAAGAGUGAUAUCAACCGACAGCAUGUGCUGAUAUUUAACAUCUCUUCAUGGCUGUUAUUUUUGCAAAAAAAUAUGUAGCAUCCAAAAAUGUGAACUGUUGUAAAAAAAAAAAAAUGUACAUAUUAUGUUAGCCUAACAUCCCCAAAUAAGUUUUAUCUUAAUGUUGUUUUUUUAUCUGUUUAUAACAAUGUCAGUGUUCUGUGGUGUUUAAAUGUGUGAAAUUGACAAUAUUGUCCUUUUGUUUUAUUAAAGUGUAUUAAAUGAU